UGUUGUACACACGCAGCUCAUCAUAAAUAUCCUGUUUACGGUACUCUCUUUCUCCCUCCAGCUGGAGCACUAGUUCCUCUGCCUUCACAACACGCGCUUCUGGUCUUUUUCGCCCCCCUGAAAGUACAGCGAGAUAGAGUUGCCAGAUUGAAUAGAGAAGAACUGUACAUUUGAAGAGAGCUUCUUUUUUGCCAGUGUAAAUAUAGCCCUCCGUUCUGCUCAGAAGCCGCGUUUACCGAAGCUGGGAAAUUUGCCUUCUGAACUGACUUCUGAGCCGGGGUGUUUAAGGAUGAAUGCUAGCACGCAUAAUGCAAAUAUUUUAACCACAGUGUACUCUAAGCGGAAUUAGACUUCUUUCAAGAGGAAAGCAGUUUCUGAUCGCAACAUCCUCAACAGCAUCCGCGCAUAGCUAUAUCAGAAGUUCGGAGUGCGCGUGCAACAAGGUUUUAUUUUGUUGCCAUGUAUAGAAAUGUGAUUUCACAUGCAUGCUAUGCGAAGAAUUGAGUUAUAUUCUGUCCUCGGAUGUGGCGGGAGUACGUGAACAUAUGCGCCAAAUCAACUUUUGGAAAUGAUUGUUCUUAAUUUGCGGAAGUGGGGAUCAUCUCUACAGCGUUGGAUAAUAUACUCCGAUAUGUUUUUGUUACCAAUUCUUUGGCUUUUCUCAGAGACGUUCGCGGCACCAUCGCUGACGGCCGAGCAGAUCAACAUGGGGGUGGACUGGCUGACCAAGUUUGGGUACCUCCCACCCCCGGACCCUGUGACAGGACAGCUGCAGACCAAGGAGGCUCUGACCAAAGCCAUCAAAGCCAUGCAGAAGUAUGGAGGAUUGGAGGAGACAGGAGUGCUAGAUGAAAAGACCCUGGUGCUGAUGAAGACUCCACGCUGCUCUCUGCCAGACGUCGCAGAGCCAGAAUCACAUUCAGGCCGACGGAGACGUUCAGUGCCCUCCCAGACCAAGUGGAGCAAAAGACACCUGUCCUGGAGAAUACGGACGUUCCCAAAGGAAUCUCACUUGUUGGGCCGGGACACGGUGCGGGCCCUGAUGUACUACGCCCUGAAGGUUUGGAGCGACGUUUCGCCCCUCAACUUCCACGAGGUGGCAGGCAGCGAGGCAGACAUCCAGAUUGACUUCACCAAGGCCGACCACAAUGACGGGUACCCCUUCGAUGGACCCGGGGGCACCGUGGCACACGCGUUUUUCCCGAGUGACCGAUUCACAGCGGGUGACGCGCACUUUGAUGAUGAUGAAGCCUGGACAUUCAGGUCACCAGAUGCCCAUGGGAUGGAUCUGUUCGCGGUGGCCGUGCACGAGUUCGGUCACGCCAUCGGCCUGGCGCACACCUCCGCCAUCGAAUCCAUCAUGCGGCCGUACUACCAGGGCCCGGUGGGAGAUCCGCUAAAGUACAGCCUCCCCUACGAGGACAAGGUCCGUGUCUGGCAGCUCUAUGGUGUUCGAGACUCAGUGUCUCACACAGAACGCCCUGAUACCUCUCGCAGCGCCGAUCCCCCUGUCCUACUGGACCUCCCCGAAAACAGGUCGACCGUCCCGCCAGCUCGUGAUGCCCCAGACAGAUGCAGCACUCACUUUGAUGCCGUGGCCCAGAUUCGUGGAGAGGCCUUCUUUUUCAAAGGGAAGUACUUCUGGCGUCUGACCCGAGAGAAGCACCUGGUGUCCCUGCGCCCGGCCCAGAUCCAUCGGUUCUGGAGGGGCCUGCCCGCCAACCUGGACAGCGUGGACGCUGUAUAUGAGCGGCCCGGGGACCACAAGAUCGUCUUCUUCAAAGGUUUGAAGUACUGGGUGUUCAAAGACAACAACGUGGAGGAGGGCUACCCCCGACCAAUCGGCGAUUUUGGCCUGCCACUAGAGGGUGUGGACGGCGCCUUCGUCUGGCUGCACAAUGAAAAGACCUACUUCUUCAAGGGCAGCCAGUACUGGCGCUAUGACGACCAUCUACGGCGCAUGGAUCUGGGCUACCCCAAGGACAGCAUGCUGUGGAAGGGAGUCCCUCCACAGCUGGAUGAUGCCAUGAGGUGGUCUGAUGGCGCCUCCUACUUCUUCAAGGGGAAGGAGUACUGGAGGGUGGUGGGGAGUGACAUGGAGGUGGAGUCGGGGUACCCACGGCCCAUUAGCAAGGACUGGCUGCUGUGUGCCGACAUGCAGUCUGACUCUCCGGCCCUGGAGGCCAACGGCACAGAGACCCGCUCGCACGGCCAGCGCCACGCCAGCCACGCCGAGAACAACUACGAGGUGUGCUCCUGCACCUCUGACUCAGCCACGGCCCUCUCGCUCCGCCCCUCCCUCUCGUCCCUGUGGCUGCUGACCCCCCUCUGGACACUCACAGCGACUCUCUCUACAUCGUCAUAAUGACAGGGGCCUGAGACUCAUGGACACACAGACAGUCAUAAAAUGGAAGAGGAUCAGGCUGCCUUUUUCUUUUGUGCUUUUAUUUUCCUUUUAGGUAUUACAGUACAGCCACGUGAUACACAACCGUUUGUGAAUACACCCACAUAGUAAUUUUUUACAGUCAACAACUGAUGUGAACUUUAUUAUUAACAGUAUUAUUUAUGGAAAAAAAAUAUAUACAAUAAAUAAAAUCAAAGUUGUUUCAUAUUGUGAAGAAAUGCAAAAUAUUUUUUUACUUUUCAAGUUUCAGAUUGUAUGACCUUUGGUAAAACAGUGGAUGUAUUUAUAGUAAUGGUACACCUAAUAAUAAACCAUUAGAACAAUAAUUGAACUCCCAGGAAAACUUUUUAAAAAUGGCUUAAGCCUUUAAUAUCAGGGGAAAUAUAUAGAUAUGAUUUUACAUUUCCAUACAAAAAACUCCCAUUCCAGCAGAGCUGUGUAAUACUUGCUGUCAUAUGAUUUUACUGUAGAAAGUGGUCUGCCUCAUAACAGUAUGUCUGUUAUGUACACUCAACUUUACUGAACGGAAAAACAGAUGUCCUUUUUCGUUGGGCCCUAGGAUUCAAAAUUGGGGUUUGAGCAGAUAUUUGUAAAUAUUUCCAUUCUGGUGGCAAAACAGCAGCAGUUCUUUGAGACAUAAUCUACAGAAACUACACUAUAUGUAUAGAUAUUGCAAAGUCAGCUUCAGGUUUAGUCCUGUGUUUCACACAGUUUAAUAAAGUGGGGCCCCCAAGGUUACGGGUGCUCUUAGAGCAGUGACUUCCUCUUAGGGCCCAGGGAGUUCAUAUGUCUCUGAACAGUCUAGCUGUAAAGACAAGUUAAUGCAGUCAAGAUGUCUUUUGAUAAUAUUUAAUAGAAUACAAAAUUUAUGUGUUUUGUAUAGAUUAACUCCAGUCAUCUUUCUCAAGUCUCAGUUUAUAAGCCCCAGCUCUGACGACCUGAAAAACAGCGGUACUAGAAGAUAGACUUUUAUACAAUAGCGAGACAAAUAUGCAUGUGCAGUGGAAUUUAUUUCUUCUGUCAUGCUGUUGAUACCAACGCUUUGGAAGGCCAUUUGGAUAUAUAUUCUGAAAUACGAAAAGGGAAGCAAUAAAACGAACAAAUAAAAGGAA